UUCGGUAAACACCGUAAAAAGUCUAGGUUUAUGGUGUCAAAUAAGCUGGGUGAUUUAUCUUCAUGUUCGUAAAACAAUCAAAACUGCUUCCCAUAAACUCGCAGUAGAAUCAAGGACCUAGAGAACUUCACCAGUAGAAACAAUUAAACAAAAUGGCAGGUGCUUAUGCUGAUUAUGUCCAGGACUGAAAUAGCUGCUCCAUGUUUCAAGAUGUGGGUAGUGUCUUGGUCACAGAUAGAAUACGGCUAGAGACUUUUGACAGCUCUUGAAGUACUGCGAUACAAAGGAGAUCUGAAAGACAUCUGGUUCUCGUGUAUACAUCAAAUUUAAAAUGAAUUACACUCAUGCAAUGUAUUAAAGAAAUGUAACAUCUUAAAGCAUAAACAUCACGUUCAGGAUGUCACUAAUGAGCACAUCAUAACAUCAUUAUUGUAUUGUAUGUAUAAAAACAACUUAACUCACCAUCGCAUUACUAAGUAGUAACAGUCAUGGAUUGGUUCAAGCCCAUUCUAGACAACACCACAACCCAAGGUUUGAACAUGUAUAGCCAGCUUCGGAGUAACUACGGGCUUCCAUUAACUUCUCUUCUGGCGUUACUGCAAGCCCACAAUUCACCCGAGGGCGCGAGACAGAAACCGGAACUCCCCAUGUUAUCAGAAACAUCCUUAAACCAGAAGGGAAUGACAGGCGUCUCUGUGUCCUCUUUCGGGCAAAAGAAAGCUGAUUUGUCGGGACAUUAUCGAAGAGAAAGAAGAAGAUUGAGAACUGAUUUAAAGGUGACCUUUGAUGACUCGUGCCAGAAAAUAGAAGAAGCAGGUGUAAAGAAACCCAUCCAAGAGAAGAGAACUCUCGAUACAAGCGGGCUUGCUUCCCUUAACGACGAGCAGCCGACUACAAACAACGGAAGCCUCUUUUCCGCUUCGUUAAAUGUACGAAACAUGAUACGUACCGACAACUGGUACCAACAGCACCUGAUGAACAGGAGACUGGGGCCAAGCGAUUCCUUGCAUCACCUCUCGUGGCAAAGAAAAGAAAGCUACAUCUUUCCUGAUUCGUCCUACGAGUCUUCUUCGGACCACAACGAGGGCGAAGGUCAACGGUUGGUGCUGUGCCAGCAAGUGAGAUUGAACGAGAGACGAAUCUCUCCGAAACCAUUUGUAGCAGUCCCCCACCCGGCAUCAACUAGGGUCUUCAAAAACAUCAAAACGGAUUCUGCACGCGGCGUGGAAUCUCCAGAUUCUGAAGCAGGCAACAGACAUUCAGCACCGGGAGGUGGGGCUAUUUCCAAACAUGUCCACGUGCAGGACGAUCUCUAUGGCGUGGCUCAGUCUAGAAUCUCGCGAAGGAAAACUACGGUCCUCACGAGGGCGAGAUCCAAACGAGCUAUUCGAUCCCAGGGUAAGAAGAGAAAGAAAGUAAAAGAGAACGCCCUCGUUGUGACAAAUCCAGAAGAAGACUCGACAUUCUCCGAAGUCUCUCCGUGGAACUCAUUUUCUUGCGCCAGUCCGGUGGAUAAAUCAGACAACGGCUCAACCAUCACGCCCAUUGGCGGAGUCAGUCAAGGGACGAAAAAGGAAGUAAAAAGGCCAAAACUAAAAAGGAAGCCUCUGGUUAUGGUUAAGAAGAAAGCGGUAAAUGACAAAACAAAAAAGUAUAAGAGGAUUGUGGCGGAAACAGUGCAGAUCAUGGACUCCUCCGUCCAGACGUCACUAUCAGCAAACAAAUUUCAAUCCGACAAAAUUGGAGAUGAAAUUUUUGGAAGACUUCCAGACAGUCCAAGUCAGAGGUUGAAGAACAUUGCCUGCUGUAGGGCUCUUCCUGCCCCGCCGCCUGAAUCAACGGAAAAGCUUCCUCAUAUCGCAAGGUCAAAGUGCGAUGAAGAGCCUGUUGCAGGGGAAAUAGCCACGCCCAUGGAUCCGGUAGCACAAUCCCAGUCCAUUAGCGGGACGCCCAAGUCCAAAUUUACUACCUUCAUAGAAGCGGUGAGAAUUGUGGAAAGGGGAAAAGGUCGAAAAAUGAGCAAUAGCCUAAGAUUAGACCCGCCAUGGAUUGGCUCAGAGGAGGAGACGUCCGUCACCGAGACAGUUUUUCAAAGCAAGAGCAGUCGCCUCCCCUGGACUUCAAGGCCAUCAUCUAGGCACUCUUCGCGUCCGUCGUCUGCUAUUAAUUCCGCCAAUAAUGCCAUGAGCUCCACGAAACCUGCCAACUACGAUCCCGUGGAACUUCUCAGAAGGUUCCGAGAGAAUCUGGGCACCACCAGAGGUAAAGGGCUUGGGGCUACUGCCCGCACUGAAACACCUCGCCCCCGUAAGCCCAACGCAAUUCAAUCGAUAAUUCACUCCUUGCAAAAAAAACGAAGACAGUGUACCCUGGUGCCUAUAGUAUCCUGCAUCUCCCACGAUAAUGAACUAGCUUUCUUCAAAAACCCAUCCUGUGUUAAAAAAAAACAAGGAGCCAUCUCCAAACAAAAGAGCUCAGUGGCACGUGAGGCAGGGAAAAUACGCCAGCCGCAAAAGAAAAAAACAAGGAACAUUAAAAUGAAAAAACCUAGAUCUAAUCAAAUCAUCAAAAAGAAAAUUUACUUGUAAGCUAAUCAAAGAUACACUUUAUGAAAUAUUGUCUUCAUCUAAAGAGUGUAAAUAUUAAAAAAGUAACAAUCAUCAUUA